AUGGAGAAGCAGCAGCAGGAGAGGAUGCUCCUCCAAGCCGCCUUCGACGGCAACCUCCGCCUCGUCAAAAAGAUGGCGCGGAGGCUCAACUCGGGGCCAGGCGAGGCGGCCAUCAUGGCCGCGGUGGUUGACGGAAACUGCGGGAACAGCGCGCUGCACCUGGCGGCCAUGGAGGAGAAGAUGGACGUCUGCAGGUAUCUCGUGGAGGACCUCCGCCUUGACAUCAACCAAACAAACGACAAUGGUGAAACUCCGCUAUUCCUUUCUGCAUUUUUUGGGAGAACUGUGGCUGCAAAAUAUCUUCUUGCUCAUGAUGCCGAUCCAAAGUUAGGUGGUAAAACAGGAUCGCCUCUCCAUGCUGCUGCACACAAAGAACAUCAAGGAAUAGUCAACCUGCUGCUUUCAAGAGGAAUUGAUGUGGAUUUACCUUCCCCGCUUGGGACUCCGUUGCAUUUGGCUGCUACUUAUGGUCAAGAUGGCACAAUGAAGAUUUUGUUGGAGCACCACGCAGAUGUAAGACAUCAGUUCUCUGUACACACUGGGCUGUUCAAAAGAAGAAGAAAAACCGGAUUUGUGAAGACCCUUAAGAAUCCAAACAAGGUUCUCAACCUUGAUGAUACCCCGCUGAGUAUGGCCAUAAGACCCAUACCAACUGCACCGGUGAACUGUGUGAAGCUACUCAUUAAGGCUGGCGCUGAUGUGGAUUUCACUGACUCGAAUGGUGGUAGUUACGUGGCGUUGGCAGCAACUUGUGGCUCAGCUGGCAUCAUGAACUGUUUACUAGAAGCUGGUGCUAACCCGAAUAUUGCAGAUGAAUUUGGUAUAACUCCAAUUGAAGUUGCUGCUUCCCAAGGCAGAAGAGAAAUUGUUGAAAUGUUAUUUCCUGUAACUUCUCCGAUUUCAAAGCUUCCCGAUUGGAGCAUUGACGGGAUCAUUUCGCAUGUGAAAACUUUUGGUUUGCAGCAGGAUAAACUUAAGUGCCAGAAGAAAAGAGCUGAACUGAAAUUAAAAGCUGCUGAGGCUUUUAAGAGAAGUGAAUAUAUGAUGGCAGCAGAGAUGUAUACUGUUGCAAUGGAACUUGGCCCUAGCUCAGAUGAUUAUGCAACCCUGCUAGCAAAUAGGAGUCUCUGUUUGUUGCGCUUGGAAAAUGGAUCUAUGGCUCUCAAAGAUGCUACUUUGUGUAGAAUGAUGCGACCCAACUGGCCAAAAGCCUGCUAUCGACAAGGGGCUGCUUUUAUGCGUCUGAAGGACUACGAAAAAGCAUGUGAGGCUUUCGCAGAUGGCCUAAAGUUGGACCCUAAAGCCGUUGACAUUGAGAAUGCUUUAAGGGAAGCAACUGCAAUGAAGACUUAG